AAUUAACUCUAAAAAAAACAACUAAUUUCCAACAAUUUCAGGAAAAGAUGGGUACCAGUUUUGCACAAGCACCAUAAAAACAGGGACUUCAUUGGGAAAAAAACAUCCCAAAGGUACCAUCUAAUUGUUUCCUUGGCCGUGCCGUUCUCCGCCAUUUUCAUGCCUUUUGCCCCUCGCAAUCACUGCUAGACGAAGACAUCUCUCCCUCCCUCCCCGAGGAGUGAAAGAAAUCUCCAUUGCCGGCGAGCAAGGAUGGAGACGAAGAGAAGCAGGCCGGAGGUUUCUCCAUGGAAGCUUAGCACGAGGUCUCUGUUAACCAUUGGCCUUCUCUGCCUAACUAGCUUCUGCAACUCAGCACAUGGCCUGUGCGGCCUGAAGGGCAACUGCAAGCAAGGGCAGAAAUGCAUCAACAACGGCAACUGCGAUGCAGGCCUCCAUUGUCAGACGUGCGUGGCAGACGGUGCCCUGCUUCCCAUAUGCACACGCAUCACCACCCUCAACCCCACCUCCAAGGUGGGAGGCCUUCCUUUCAACCGAUACUCAUGGCUGACCACGCACAACUCGUUCGCCAUAUUCGGGGAGAAGUCGUGGACCGGAACGGUUAGGGUUUCCCCAUUCAACCAGCAGGACUCCAUCACCUCACAGCUCCAGAAUGGUGUUAGAGGUCUUAUGCUGGACAUGUAUGACUUCAGGAACGACGUUUGGCUCUGCCAUUCUUUUGGCGGCAACUGCUUCAAUUUCACCGCAUACCAACCUGCCAUUUACGCACUUAAGGAGAUUCAAGCAUUUCUCGAGUCGAAUCCGGCAGAAAUCAUCACUAUAUUUAUAGAGGACUAUGUCACCUUGCCCAAGGGCCUCACUAAGGUCUUCACAGAUGCUGGUCUCAUGAAGUACUGGUUUCCAGUGUCUAGAAUGCCAAAGAAUGGUGGUGACUGGCCUACUGUCACUGACAUGGUGCAGAGCAACCAGAGGUUGCUGGUUUUCACUUCGAAAUCUUCAAAGGAGGCGUCUGAGGGAAUAGCAUAUGAGUGGAGAUACGUAGUUGAGAACCAAUAUGGCGAUGGUGGGAUGAAGGCAGGUUCUUGCCCAAACAGAGCAGAGUCCUCACCUAUGAACACACCAACAAGAUCUCUUGUGUUGCAGAACUACUUUCCUGACAAUCCCAACUUUCCUGCAGCUUGCAAAGACAAUUCAGCUAAACUACUUGACAUGAUGAAUACCUGUUAUGAGGCUGCCAAUAAGCGGUGGCCUAAUUUUAUUGCUGUUGAUUAUUACAAGAGAAGUGAUGGAGGUGGAGCUCCAUAUGCUAUAGAUGUUGCAAAUGGGCAUCUGGUUUGUGGUUGUGGAGAUAUCAAUUACUGCAAGCCAAACAUGACUUUCGGUGUCUGCCGUUCUUGGGGAGCUGCAGAAGGACCCUCUCAAGCCGUCAGUGAAGCUUCACCCUCUUUAAGGGGCAGAAUGCCCCUGCAGUUGUUGUCUCUGUUUCUUAAACUGCAAUGUUUGAUGUCAGUGAUGUACAUUAUGUAAGCAGUAUCUUGUCUUUAAUCUCUCUCUCU